UAUGGCAGUAACACAAUGGCUACUUUAAAAUGCAUAAUAUCUAGUAUUUUAGUGUUCACUUCAGUCUCAGAAGUCUCUGCAGGUGACAUAUUUGGCCUCAGAGGUGGAUCUAUUACGCUUUCAACAGAACAAGUGACCAAAGGCACAAAAGUAACCGCCAUUGUCUGGAAAUACAACAAGGAUAAAGUUGGCGAAUGGUUUGAAGGAGAUGAAGAAAUAACUCUUUUUAGCAUCUUCAAACACUCGGCUACAUUGGACAAGCAGACCUGGGCAUUGAGCAUUUCAAAACUGGAGCCACAUUUCAAUGGGAUUUACUCUGUGGAGGUGAACAACAAGGAGACCCACUUGAGAAUGAAACUUAUUGUUCUCAAUCCUGUUAUGGAGCCUAACAUCACCACUGACUGCAACUCUACCAGCUGCACCCUGACCUGUGAGGGAGAGGCCAGUGAGCAUACUCAGUACUCCUGGAAAGAUAGCAGAGGGAACAGGAAUAGUGGACACAUAUGGACUGUGGAGAGGAGGUCUGGGGUCUAUACCUGUUUUCUCAUAAAUCCACUGAGCUGGGACAGCAGAAGCAUCUCUCUGACAGAUGAACUUCCUGUAGGAAAAAUUGCUGGAGUUGUGGGCAUUUCCAUUGUUGGAAUUGCUGGGAUUGCUGUUUUUGUCUUAAUUGUGUUAAGGAUUCAUCGCUGUAGGAAAAAUAGAACUGGAAACUACACCCCAAGACUUGCAGAGCUACAAGUUGCAGGGUCAAAAUAUAUCACUAUUGGGACUGAGGAUGCUGAAAUAAAAAACCCUCCAACCAUUGAGAUGGGCGAAGAGCUAGGUGAUUCGACGAACAAUGGUGUCAUGACUACACAGGUGUCACCAGAACUACCUCGCCAAACAAACAGUGGAUCAGAUGGUGUCCAUGAGCAUGAUUCCAAAGCAGAGGAUGGCAACGCACCUCAUGAAGUAAUCGAACCGGAUGGUGGUGUGUCCCCUUACCUAACUCUGGAGGGUCCCCAGACGUAACUCUUCAGCAAGAAAGUGCAACAUCUGGUCUCAGCCUCCGCCAUAGGACAGCGCCCAGGACUUGCCAGCGCAACGUUAUCGCCGGCACAGGGUAGAGGGGGGCACCGAAUGUCAGAGCAGGAUUGCGUCUGCAGACGGGAAUCAAUCUAGCGAUCAUCACACCAUGCCACUUAAGUGCCCUGCCCGCUCCCCGGCGAGGGCCCAAUAAUGCAGCGCUUUUACACAGCACGCAGGACAUUCCCAGCGCAUUAGAACAGCACGCAGGACAUUCCCAGCGCAUUAGAACAGCACGCAGGACAUUUCCAGCGCAUUAGAACAGCACGCAGGACAUUCCCAGGGAAUUAUAACAGCACACAGAACAUUCCCAGUGCAUUGGAACAGCACGCAGAACAUUCCCAGUGCAUUAGAACAGCACGCAGCAGGACAUUCCCAGCCGCACUCCCCCUCUGGACAAUUGCAUCACCCUGUCCCACCCAUAGUGUACUUAUUGCAAAUACAUACUGUAUUUCUUAUGCAUAUUGCCAUAUUUCUACUGCCCUUCAUUCUGCUCUUAUUGUUCUGUUUUUUAUUAUUUUCUGUUUUAUUUGUUUGAGUGUUGUACUUGGAGAGCAAAGAUUAACCGGAGUCAAAUUCUUUGUUUGUUUACGCAAACCUAGCCAAUAUAUCUGAUUCUGAUUCUCUCUCUCUCUUUCUUUCUCUCUCUCUCUCUCUCUCUCUCUCUCUCUCUCUCUCUCUCUCUCUCUCUCUCUCUCUCUCUCUCUCUCUCUCUAUCUCUCUCUCUCAUUUUACUUCCCUGAAAUCACUAGCCGGUUUCUGAAAGUGCUUUAAGCGACGUUGGGUAACACCAAUUCUGUUGAUGAACAGAUAAGAGGGCUACAGUAGCUGCUCCUCCCUCUCCCUCCCUCCCUCCCAUGCAACUGAAACUCCCUCAACGUGCAUCUUGUCAGCUGCAACAGUUUUUGGAGCUUGGGCUGUCCAAUGAGGCCAUAUUUGUUUAGGGGACAGGCAGCUAGCAGAUAGAGAGGUGAUGUUUGCUUUAUGUGACAAAAAAAUGUUUUAUCUUAGAAACCGCCUAACAUUGUUUAGAGCACCUUUAAUAUUCAUACAUGUGCAACUGAUGUUAUAUUCAACAUAAAUAUGUAGGCUGAUGACACA